AUGCGUGCGACUUUUGCCCCUCGAAAUCUCAAGCCAAAAUCAAAAGUCAAGAAUUCUACCGGAUCCCAAAUUAAAAAGAGACUAAGAAAGCAGGUUCUGUUUCGUGCGACAUUCUAUCAAGUUAUAUGUGAUCACAAUCCAAACAUAAUUGCACUGGAAGAAGAAGACUUUGUAGAAUAUCUCUCGGAACAAGUUUGGGACUUGGGAAUUUUAGAUGACAGCAAGGUCAAAAAUGGGAAUGAAACUGGGAGGAACUCUAAGGAGAAUUCAUCGACAUUAACCGAACAAGAAAUCAUCACAAGAAUCUUUGAAAUAGUCAAGGAUGAUUUCAUCACAUUUGAAGUUUGUAAUGACGAAGAACAAUGUUUGGAAAUUUGCAAGGAUAUAGUCGUCAAGUGGAAAUCUGUGAGUAAUCCUUCCGCAUCCGCUGAAACUUCAUUACCCGGGACUUGUACUUUAUGUCAUCGUCAUAUGCCAUUGACAUUUCACCAUCUAAUUCCUAGAAUGAUGCAUAAGAGAGUUCUUAAGAAGGGAUUGUUUACUAAAGAAGAAUGCACAACCAGAGGUAUUGAUAUUUGUAGGCCCUGUCAUAGUGCAAUACAUAAAAUGAUUUCGAACGAUCAGCUAGCAUUGAAGUAUAAUACUCUGGAAAUGUUAUUAGAACAUGAAGGAGUCGUGAAGUUCGUGGGUUGGGCUUCCAAACAGAAGGGUUAUUCAAAGGAUCAUAUAAGAAAUUUGUUGAGGUUUCCUAAGUAG